GGAUAUUAAGUGUCAAGAUGGUGAUGGGCCGAUGGGUUGUGGCGCGGCAUGUGGCGGCGCUGUUCGUCCUGAGUAUGACCACAGUCGAUGCAGAUGUCGUGCCAUCGACAAUGCAUGCUAUGGAAGAUGAAGACCAGGAUGGGAUUAUGAAUCCUAAGGAGUUCACCGCGCUGCGAGAGAAACUUCAUCAUGCUUUCGACACGGACGCGAGCGGUCGUAUCGAAAAGGACGAAAUGCGCUCAGUGUUGCAAGUCGACCAUGUCUCGAAGGAAUUCAACUCGAUGGACAAAAACGACGACUCGUUCGUAUCCACGGAAGAACUCGAUACGCAGUACGCUCUUCUCGGCGCCGAAAUGACUGUGGACGAAGUGGCUGACUGGGUGUCGUACUCGGUGCACUUGCCGCAAUACGCUCAAGUGUUUCGCGACCACUUUGUGUCGGGUUAUACGUUUCCACUGCUCAUGGAGAACAACGGCGACCGUUUGGCUGAGCUCGGGAUUGCGAGUUCGCUCCAUCGCCAGCAACUCGCGCUGAUGAUGAAGCGCAAAAUCGCCCAAGUCGGCAAAGCGCCAGCAGAAAUCAAAGAAACCAAGUGCGCGGUGGUUCCAGCCAAGGCGUCGCGCCCACCCAAGAUCAAGCUGCAAUGGACCCCGCCCGACCAGUCGGCUUCGUCCCAUUACCAGCUCCAGGUGCAACAUCACAACGACUGGCACACGUUGACGUUUGGCAAAGAGACAAGUCACAGCCACGUAUUAACCGACAUGGACGACGACCUCGACGCAACGUCGAAGAGCUACCGCGUGACCACGUGGAACUCGUUUGGCCGAAGCAAGCGUGUGGAAGUUGAAUGCACCGACAUUGGCGGGUUGUCGCUGCCAACGGUGACGUACACGGCCGCGGCGGUCGUGCCUGUCGUCCCGGAUGGCCCCGACGAUUCGACAUCGUGGUGGGUCUUUUACGCCACGUACUUGUUUUGGCUCGACGAAGUGCUCAUCGUGACGGUUCUGUUCCUGGCUCCCUUGCGCGCCUUCAUUUAUGGCGACGCCAAUUUCUUCCUCCGGUUCGUCCGGCGAUUGCCACCGAAUGCACCGACCCGCGUUGAAGUGACUCUCGACAACGUUGCCGAUCACGCAGCAUCCCCGACUCAGGCCCGCCUCCGCAUCAAGUGGGACCGCCCGGUCGAUAACCACGUCGACAUUGUCUGCUACUGCGUUCGAUGGACAGAUGAAGCGGGAUCGACCAUGUUUAUCAAGCUCACGGAUCGCCCGCUGCCGACGGUGUGCCAUGUGACGGGCUUGAAAUUUGGCCAAACGUACAAAUUUGUCGUCGAAGCUACCAACGCGUUCGGUCUCGUGAGCAAGUCGGCGCAGUCGACGUACAUGGCGACAAACCCGGUCCAGUUGCCCGCUGUCGCACCGGCCGCGCCCCUCAUUCCCCGCGACCAGUGCUACAUCUGCCUCGACCCGAAGGAAACCAAGACGGGUGGGUGGAACGUUGGUCUGCACUACUGCAGCGUUUGCGACCGCCAAUUUUGCAAUGGCCACAAAAAGUACACUAGCCACAACUUUAUCAUGCACUGCCCCGCCAUCAACGGCAAGUGCGUGUGUAGUCGGUGUGACCCGGCCGCCCGCCUUCGACCGCGCGUGUCUCGCAUUGGAAGCUCUGGCUCCAACCACGGUUAGAGCACGUGAGGAUGGUGUUGUUGGACGCUUUUGUAUCGUAGAACUUGAAUGGUAAUGCACCGGCGCAUCUUUUUACCUUGA